AUGAACAACUUAAAUCUUGCUGGUAAGAAAUUUCUUGUCACGGGAGCGGGGCGAGGGUUUGGUAAAGCAAUUGCUAAAGCUCUUGAUGCAAAUGGAAGCAAAGUGUAUGCAGCGAGCAAAAGUGUUGAUACCUUGGAUGCAUUAAAAGCAGAGAACCCUUCGGUACAUACCAUCGCUGUUGAUUUGUCUAACUGGGAUGAAACAAGAACCAAACUUGCCAAAAUCGAGCCACUGUAUGGUCUUGUGAACAACGCGGGAAUUUACAAUACUUCUGAUCAAGCCAGUGAUACUUCAAGAGAUAUGCUUUAUUAUAAGUUUAUUGAUACAAAUCUUAUGAGCGCUAUUAACUGCAUUCAGAUCGCAGCAAAGGGGAUGAUCAAGAUUGGCAAUGGUGGAUCCAUCGUGAACAGGUCAUCUAUGGGAUACUUACACAUUCCACACCCACCUUUGUACCAGAUGUCAUAUAAUUUAACAAAAGCAGCCCUUGACCAAGUCACAAGAGAAUUUGCCGUGGAACUAGGGCGCUAUAAAAUACGGGUAAACUCAUUAAAUCCUAUACUUGUGCGAACUGACAUGACGGAGCAUUUGUACCAAAUGCUACCAGAAUUAGCCGAGGAAUUAGGGACUGCAAUACCUCUAAAAGAACCACCAACUAUCAAUAGCAUUGUAGGUCCGGCGUUGUACUUCCUAAACGAUUUGUCAGGUUUUGUGACGGGGACUGUUAACGUUAUUGGUGGUGGACUUACAAAAAGUUUUUAG